UCCGCUCGCAUCUCCCGUGGGCGGGACUAAGACGCAAGGAGAGGAGUCGAGGGGAGGAGUCGAGGAGUCGAGCCGUAUAAAAUCAAAAAUGGGAAAAGCCUUGUGUGUGUCCGUGUGUAUGUGUGCGUGCGUGCGUGUGUGUGUGUGUGUGUGUUUGUGGGUGGGUGUAUCAGUGUGUGUGUGUGUGUGUAUGUGUGUGUGUGUGUGUGUGUGGUGUACUAGUUUUCAUGACAAAUGAGGACAAUUCUAUGAUAACACACCUUCAAUAUCAGGACGCUCGGAAAAAUGAAGACAUUUUUGGCGUCCUCAUUUUUCCGAGUUCACCACAGUAUAUCUAGAGCCUCCUAUAUGUGUGUGAGUGUAUAACGGUAUAACGGCCUCUGUCACUUCCCACAGAUGCAGAUGCGUUUUGACGGUCUGCUGGGUUUCCCUGGUGGGUUCGUCAACCCAUCGAAGGAGACCCUGGAGGCGGGGCUCAGCAGGGAGCUGUUGGAGGAGCUGGGCGUGACUCUUCCUAUUCUGGUAGAAGAUCAUGUAGACUCCUACUACGCCCCUGCUUCCUCCUCCUCCUCCUCCCGUCUUAUAACUCACUUCUACGUGAAGAAGAUGGAGGAGGAACAGAUUAGGGAGGUGGAGAGAGCGGCUGCAUCCACUGCAGCAGAUCAUGGACAGGAGGUUCUAGGGAUGGUCAGAGUCCCUCUCUACACCAUGAAAGGCGGGGGUGGCCUGGCGUCUUUCCUGUCUCACUCGUUCGUGGGCAGUGCUCGCUCCCAGUUGGCUGACUCCCUGCUGCGUUUCAACCUGGUCGCUCCUGAGGAGCUCAACAAAGUCCUCACACACUCUCUGAAGAUGAACACACACACCGCCGACGACCUGCAGGCGGCUCUAGAGCUGACCGAGGUGAAGAUGAACACACACACACCGCCGACGACCUGCAGACGGCUCUAGAGCUGACCGAGGUGAAGAUGAACACACACACUCUCUGAAGAUAAACACACACACACACCGCCGACGACCUGCAGGCGGCUCUAGAGCUGACGGAGGUGAAGAGGAACACACACACACCACCGACGACCUGCAGGCGGCUCUAGAGCUGACCGAGGUGAAGAUGAACACACACACACCGCCGACGACCUGCAGGCGGCUCUAGAGCUGACCGAGGUGAAGAGGAACACACACACUCUCUGAAGAUAAACACACACACACACCGCCGACGACCUGCAGGCGGCUCUAGAGCUGACGGAGGUGAAGAGGAACACACACACACCACCGACGACCUGCAGGCGGCUCUAGAGCUGACCGAGGUGAAGAUGAACACACACACACCGCCGACGACCUGCAGGCGGCUCUAGAGCUGACCGAGGUGAAGAGGAACACACACACUCUCUGAAGAUGAACACACACACACCGCCGACGACCUGCAGGCGGCUCUAGAGCUGACGGAGAUGAAGAGGAACACCCACACACACCGCCAACGACCUGCAGGCGGCUCUAGAGCUGACGGAGAUGAAGAGGAACACACACACACACCGCCAACGACCUGCAGGCGGCUCUAGAGCUGACGGAGGUGAAGAGGAACACACACACACCGCCAACGACCUGCAGGCGGCUCUAGAGCUGACCGAGGUGAAGAGGAAAGGAUUUUGAGACACACCCGCACCAGCACAUCCUGUCCACGCAGAUACAGUUUGGUCAUCAGCAACGCUCGCUCACACUGUUAAUCCUGAACACACACACACACACAAAUACACGCACACAAACACACACACACACACACACACACACAGACACACUCUGCUAUACUGAUUCUGAGCUGGUGACUCAUAAAUGCAUCAAACAGUUUGUAGAAAACAUGAUUAACUGCUCCACCAUUAAUGCAAAUAAAAUGAUUUAACUGUC